UCCCUAUAUAAAUUUCACCUCUGUAAAAUCUCAGUUUAUCAUACGAAUCCAAAGCCAAAUUUUGAGAAACAACAAGAAUCGAUCGUAGUAAUAUUCUAGUGAGAUCGCAACAGCAUCUUCAAUCGUGCGCUCGGUAUCUCAAUUCUUCGUUUCGCUGAUCGUUUGAUCUGAAAGUGAUGGCGGACGUGCAUAUGGGAGGAGCAGAGUCGGAGACCUUCGCUUUCCAAGCGGAGAUCAAUCAACUACUCAGCUUGAUCAUCAAUACUUUUUACAGUAACAAAGAGAUCUUCCUUCGUGAGAUCAUCAGCAACUCAUCUGAUGCAUUGGAUAAGAUAAGAUUUGAGAGCUUAACAGACAAAAGCAAGCUCGAUGCUCAGCCUGAGCUCUUUAUCAGAAUCAUCCCGGAUAAAGCUAACAAAACUCUUUCCAUUGUUGAUAGCGGUGUUGGCAUGACCAAAGCAGAGUUGGUGAAUAAUUUGGGAACAAUUGCGAGGUCUGGAACAAAGGAGUUCAUGGAGGCAUUGCAAGCUGGAGCCGAUGUGAGCAUGAUUGGUCAAUUUGGAGUAGGGUUUUAUUCGGCUUACUUGGUAGCAGAGAAGGUGAUUGUCACCACAAAGCACAAUGAUGAUGAACAAUACGUAUGGGAGUCACAAGCUGGUGGGUCUUUCACUGUUACCCGUGAUGUGAGUGGUGAACCUCUUGGUCGAGGUACCAAGAUCACCCUCUUCCUUAAAGAUGAUCAGUUGGAGUACUUGGAGGAAAGGAGGAUAAAAGAUCUUGUGAAGAAACAUUCCGAGUUUAUCAGCUAUCCAAUUUACCUAUGGACUGAGAAAACUACUGAAAAGGAGGUCAGUGAUGAUGAAGAUGAGGAGACAAAGAAGGAGAACGAAGGUGAUGUGGAGGAUAUUGACGAGGACAAAGACAAAGACAAGAAAAAGAAGAAGAAGGUUAAAGAGGUGACUCAUGAGUGGCAACUCAUUAACAAGCAAAAACCAAUUUGGUUAAGAAAACCGGAGGAGAUAACAAAGGAGGAAUAUGCAUCGUUCUACAAGAGUCUCACAAAUGAUUGGGAGGAUCACCUUGCAGUGAAGCACUUCUCUGUCGAGGGGCAGCUCGAAUUCAAAGCUAUUCUGUUUGUUCCGAGGAGAGCCCCAUUUGAUCUUUUUGACACGAGGAAGAAGCUGAACAACAUUAAGCUGUAUGUUAGGAGGGUGUUUAUCAUGGACAACUGUGAAGAACUCAUUCCUGAGUAUCUGUCAUUUGUGAAAGGUGUUGUGGACUCUGAUGAUCUCCCAUUGAACAUCUCUCGUGAAACGUUGCAACAGAACAAGAUUCUUAAAGUGAUUAGGAAGAAUCUAGUGAAGAAAUGCCUUGAGAUGUUCUUUGAGAUUGCUGAAAACAAAGAGGACUAUGCUAAGUUCUAUGAUGCUUUCUCUAAGAACAUCAAGCUUGGUAUUCAUGAAGAUAGCCAAAACAGGAGUAAACUUGCCGACUUGCUUCGGUUUCAUUCUACGAAGAGUGGUGAUGAGAUGACCAGCUUGAAAGAUUAUGUCACUAGGAUGAAGGAAGGCCAAAAGGAUAUCUAUUAUAUCACUGGUGAAAGCAAGAAAGCUGUUGAGAACUCACCAUUCCUUGAAAAACUCAAGAAGAGAGGAUAUGAAGUGUUGUUCAUGGUUGAUGCUAUCGACGAAUACGCUGUUGGACAAUUGAAGGAAUACGAUGGGAAAAAGCUGGUCUCUGCUACAAAGGAAGGACUCAAACUCGAUGAAGAGUCUGAAGAUGAGAAGAAGAAGAAGGAGGAGAAGAAAAAGUCGUUUGAGAACCUUUGCAAGACGAUCAAAGAAAUUCUAGGUGACAAAGUCGAGAAGGUUGUUGUGUCCGACAGAAUCGUUGACUCUCCUUGUUGUUUGGUCACUGGUGAAUAUGGUUGGACUGCCAACAUGGAGAGGAUCAUGAAGGCUCAAGCUCUUAGGGACAAUAGCAUGAGUGCUUACAUGUCUAGUAAGAAAACUAUGGAAAUCAACCCGGACAAUGGCAUAAUGGAGGAGCUAAGGAAAAGAGCCGAGGUAGACAAAAAUGACAAAUCAGUGAAGGACUUAGUGUUGCUGCUAUAUGAAACUGCUCUCUUGACUUCAGGUUUCAGCUUGGAUGAUCCCAACACAUUUGCAGGAAGGAUUCAUAGGAUGUUGAAGCUGGGUUUAAGCAUUGAUGAUGAUGACACUGGUGGUGCUGAUGAUGUCGAUAUGCCAUCUUUGGAGGAAGAGGGCAAUGAAGAAAGCAAGAUGGAAGAGGUCGACUGAACAGCUAAUAAAUACGUAAACACUAUAAAAAUCUGUUCAUUAGUACAUAUACCUACAAAGCUCGUCGCUGAGUGUCGGGUUCCGGUGGGUGUCUAGUUUUAGUUUUAGGGUUUCAUGGGUGGUUCCAUGUUGAGAUGUUAUGUCUGGUAUUAGAGCUUUAAUGAGUGCAUUUUCAGUUUUCUAGCAGCCUAAUGUUAGCUUGAGCUAUGUCAUUGGGGCAAUAAAUUGUUGGACCGUUUCUUUCUUAA